AUGGCUGCAGAGAUAGUGAACAAUGAACAACAGGGAUCACUGGAACAGCUGAAAAUUGCGGGUCGUAAGUAUGUGGAAAGUUUGAAUAGUUCAAGCUCAAAACAGCACCAAAUAGCUGCUCAGUUGCUUACAUCUACACUUUCUAAUACUACAGAAGUUCCUGAUCAGAUAACGAAACCACUGAUUCGAUUAACAGUCUUGACAUGUUUUACUCGGCUUACAAAUCGACAUUCACAAACUUCAUUGUAUCCCGUUAUAUCAACUGUCGUGCGUGAGAAUCCAGCAACUUCUAUGAAACACCUUGCAGAAGCAUAUGCAUCAUUCUUUGAACUUCAUACAACAACUUCGAAAUGGCUAGUUGCAAAUUCAGUUCUAGCUGUUAAAUGGUUGUUUAAUCUGCACAAUUUGAUAGAUUUGAAACAUGCUAGUGUCUUCAAUAAUUAUAUGUCAGCACUACUGUCAGCAGCUUUACAUGUUUGUGCCAGUAAAAAAUUUGUAAAGAUUCAAAGUAAGAUGAAGACCAUACUUAACCAUUCCUUGCUAAAAACAGCUUUGGAAUGGAUUCGGAAUCGUUGCACAGCCCAGUUAUCUUCUGGUGUAAAUAUUCUUGCUCUUCUCAGUUUACUACCUUGCACUGAUGACCAUUUCGAUUUUUUAUUCUUUGUCAAAGUAUACACCGCAAACAUUCUUCUUACAAAACGUCGUCCAAGUGUUCAUGUUGUUAUUGCUAGUUCUAAAAUAUUCGAGCAGAUGAAUAUGGAAAUGUUCCGGGAUGAAAUCAUGAUUGCUGUUAAGAAGUCUAUGUUACGCAGUCCUGAGAUUGCGAUUUUCGGGAUAUUAUAUCUUCUAGAAUCGAUAACAAUUGAUUUGUCUUCUUUUGCAGUUGAUUUCUAUAAAAUUCUCUCUGCAUCGUUAAUUUCAUCGAUCGAUGAAGUUCGCGGUCAUACAUCAUUGUCUGUUGCAAUGAUAGCAAAGAAAAUCACCGAUUCUAAGGCUUUGAAAGAGCUGGUUGAUGGGAUAUUUGGAACUUAUUCAGGAUCUGAUGGAAGAAUUGCUACUAUCGGGCAGCGUAUCACUGUCCUGGAAACUCUGAAAUUGGUGAGCUCUCAUGGAGUAAAGGAUAAAACUGAGUGCGACAUUAUUGCUUCCAACAUUUUACAGAGAUUGAAUUCGUUAUUGAUUUCCGAAGUUCAUCAGGCUGCUUCAGAAGCUAUAUGGAAAGUGGUUUUAGCAUGGUCAAUGCAGAUUAACAAUGUGAAUGAGAAAUUGGAGCCGGUUUUCUUGACCGCGCUGAAGUCACCAAGCCGUUCAAUAUCGUUGAGAUGUAUGGUAACUCUGUUUGACAUUGGUAAUGAUGAAAAAGUGAAAUUGAGCAACGAUUUACUGAAGUCGGUUUUCGAUAUAUAUAAAACACGUUCAAAUGUUGGGGAUUUUAUAGUUUCGUCUUUGUUGCUUCUAAGUGACGAAAAAUCUCAGGAAAAUAUUCGACAGACAUUGGAAAAUGAUUUCUUUAAAGAAAAAUUUAUUACAUCGUUAAACACAUCUGAUAUCUCAUAUGCAACAAAACUGUCGUAUUGGAUGAUCAGAAAUACUGAAACCAAGAGUUGGAGUAGUAUGCGAACUGUAUUUCACAUUUUGUUCAUAAGCCUUUUCUGGCCGGAUUAUGAAGUGCGAAAAGGUGCCAGCGACAUUGUCAGAAAAUGUGUUGUCGAUAAAGGCAACAUAUUUUGUGGUGCUUUCUUAGAUUUUUUAUUUCCCUAUGUGACUUCAGGUCUUGCUCAAGAGACUUAUAAAAGAGUAGCAGUAAUACAAGAUGAAGAAAAUGGACAAGUUCUUAGUAGCAGAUUAAUAGCUGCAGCAGUACAUGAAGUUAUGAUUCCUUUCAAUGCAGCAGAGGAAAAUUUUGAUUUGGGCAUUGGUGUUCUCACAUCAGGACUUUUAAUGUCAUGUAGCUUGCAGUUAGUAGAAAGUGAUCCUUGUUGUUGGAAUCGCUGGGUGCGUUCAAUAACUAAUAUUGAACGUUUGCUUGACAAAGGCGGUGCUCUCGUAAUGAUGGAUCGCAUAUUCUGUACAAAAGAUAUGAUAAUUCAAUGCAAUGCAAUUAGAAUGUUAAUGUCAAGUGGCGGAGUGACAGAAAACAUUCGUGGUGUGAUCUGGACAUACUGCACUAACCUUUUAAAUGAAAUCGAUAUUGAACGGUAUGUUUCAAUUACGGAUCGAGAGGUUGCAAUCUAUAAUACACCCGAUGGAGUUUUGUACAAUACUGCUGUUUUGGAACUGAAUUAUGAGGAAGAAUUUGGUAUCAAAAAUGUAAAAAGGGAAAAUAAGGCUUACAAAUACAAGGAACAAUUAUUGGAAGUACAGUUGAAAAAAGAACUUGCUGAGAAAAGACGUCAAGAAGGCAAAUUAAUCCCUCAACAAGAGGAAGCGAAAAGAAAUGAAUUAAUUAUUGAAAAGGAAAUCAGAAAAAAUCUGAGUGACUUGUAUUUAAAAUGCAAGGAACGUACUGAAUCGAUUGUAGCAGCUAUCACCGGUGAUCCAGUUGGUUCAGUUAAAUAUAUUCAAUUACUGAUUUCGGUUGCUAUUCCGUUAUUGAAAUCUCCUCUUGUAUCACCUCUGGCUUACAAUAUUUUUCGUAGUUUUCGCAAUGCUGCCUUCGAACCAUCUGAAGAUUAUUUGCAUGAACUCAUAUUACAUUCAUCAGUACGCGCAUUACGCUCAACUUACAUGGACGUAGCAUGGAGCCAGGAGCCACUUACUGUUCAAGUGGAAAGAACAAUUGCACUGUUAGCAGCUCGAUGUGUGCUGAUGCCGGUUCUGUUUGACCAUGAAGAGGCUAAUAUAGAAGAGAUAUUAGAUGUUAACGAUGAAGAAGCAAUGAAUCUUAUCAAAUUCAAUGUGUCUUUUCCGUUGAUUAAUGCAGUAUUAAGAGAUGAAUCUUUUCCUUAUGCGUUGCGACUAAAUGCUAUGCGAUUACUGUCUUCUGCAUUAAAAGGCAAAUUCAUCGAAGAUAACGAAGUAAAGUAUCUUCCAUUGAAUUGGCUGUGUUCACUUUUGCUUCAUAUCUUAGCGACAGACACUUCAGAAUUGCAUCAUAUUGCAAAAAUGUUACUUCAGACUUUUUGUGAACUGUUAGAUAAAUGUCCGCGAAAAGAUUUGCAGCAAGUAGCACUACUGAAACCCAUCAUGCAGUGUUUACUGGACGAGAAUGCUCUGUUAAGGGAAUGUGCUCUCAUGGCCCUCAGUCGACCGCAUGGCCUCUACAGUGACAUGAAAUUAACUCGAGAUGAUUCACAAUUUAUGACAGUGUUUACAAGUCACAUAUUUAUCGCUCGAAACGAUCCAGUGAAAAAAUGUGUUGAUUUGGCUAAUCAAAUUUGGCAAGAUAAAAAGCUUUCCCUCACUGUGGACUUAUUUGGAAGUAUUUUGAGUAGUGUAACUUCGGAACAUACUUUCCUGAGAAAAUCUGCAUCAGCUGCUCUAGGAAAAUUAUAUGAAGAAUUUCCUGAGAUUCUGCAGCCAGCACUGGAUAAACUUGAUUUAUUAUAUUCAGAUUACCGAAAAAUUCGAUCGCCAAUUUACGAUGACAUUGGACGAGUAGUCAUGGACGCUGUAGAUCUAUCGAAAAAUCGGGCGGGUAUUGCAGAAACUUUGUUUGUCAUUGCUCCUAAACUUCCCCAUCAUCUGGUGAUGAGUUUUAUCAAAAUCAUAGUUCCCAAUGGAAUUAAUGAUUCUAGUCCAGAGUGUCGAGAACUGAUGCAAAAUGCUGCAAUUGAAGCUAUCAAAAUGCACGGAGAGAUUGAAAUGGCAUCACUUCUACCGUUUUUUGAAGAAAUGUUAAGUUCGACGCCAGACGGUAAAGACUUCGACAAUUUACGGCAAGGAUUGGUUAUUAUGUUAGGCACAUUAGCACAACAUUUAGAUCCGGCAAACGAAAAAGUGCGCGUCAUAACAUCUCGUUUAAUUGAAGCCCUCUCGACACCAUCGCAGCAAGUUCAAGAAGCGGUAUCCAAAUGCUUGCCGGCAUUAGUUCCAGCAAUUAAGGAUCGUGCAAAAGAACUUGUUUCCACAUUGUCAUGUCUCCUUAUUGAAGCUGAUUCAUACGGUGAGCGACGAGGUGCAGCAUAUGGAAUUGCUGGACUUGUUAAAGGCCUCGGAAUGUCUGCAAUGCGUGAACUAGAACUGAUAAAAUUUUUGCAAAAUUCACUGGCCAAUAAAAAAAACGCCCGUCAUCGUGAAGGUGCUCUAUUAGCUCUUGAACUUCUUUGCAGUUCGAUGGGUAAAUUGUUUGAACCUUACAUUGUACAACUUUUGCCAUCACUGUUAAUUUGUUUCGGUGAUUCCGAUGAUAGCGUUCGUCAUGCAGCAAGUGACGCAGCACAGUCUAUGAUGUCUAUGCUUUCUGCUCACGGCGUUAAACUAGUGUUGCCGUCUCUUCUAGCUGCAUUGGACGAAGACUCAUGGCGUACGAAAUGUGCUUCUGUGGAACUUCUGGGGUCAAUGGCAUUUUGUGCUCCCAAACAACUCUCAGCUUGUUUACCAAGCAUUGUUCCUAAACUUAUUGAAGUGUUAACCGACUCACACUCAAAAGUGCAGAGAUCUGGGGAAAAAGCUCUAAAACAGAUUGCUAAAGUUAUUCGCAAUCCAGAAAUUCUCAGUAUAAGCAGUCAGUUGUUAAUUGGUUUGAUUGAUCCGGCUGACAAAACAUCGUUUUGUUUACAAACAGUAGUCAAUACGAAGUUCAUACAUUACAUUGAUGCUGCUUCGCUCUCUUUGAUAAUGCCUAUUGUUCGUCGCGCAUUCACUGAUCGAUCUUCUGAAACGCGUCGUAUGGCUGCUCAAAUAAUCGCAAACAUCUAUUCUUUAGCAGAUAAUAAGGAUAUGGAACCGUAUCUUGCUGGUCUGUUACCAGGAUUACAAAAAUCAUUACUAGAUCCUAUCCCAGAAAUACGUACUGUUGCUGCAAAGGCCCUUGGUUCAAUUAUUGAAUAUUCUGUUGGAGAUACUGCAUCAAAGAUGCGUGAACAACUUAUACCCUGGCUAAAGGAAAAACUUGUUUCGAAAACAAAUGCUGUUGAUCGGUCGGGUGCUGCGCAAGGACUUGCAGAGGUUCUUAAAGCCGUGGGUGAGAACCAGUUAGCAAUGGUCAUGCCUGAUAUUAUCAAAACAACAGAAUCGAAAGAAGCGACACCAGAAAUACGCGAUGGUUAUAUAUUGAUGUAUAUUUAUCUACCUUUGGCAUUUGGAGACCAUUUUGUUCCAUAUUUGACUGAGGUCAUACCAAGCAUACUAAAAGCUCUGGCAGAUGAGAACGAAUAUGUACGAGAUAGUGCAUUGAAAGCAGGCCAGCGUCUAAUUGUGACAUAUUGUGUGCAUGCUAGACGACUUUUAUUACCACAAUUGCAAGAUGCUUUGUUUGAUAGCAAUUGGCGAAUUCGUUUUGCUGCCGUCACAUUGAUUGGUGAUUUCUUGUUUAGCAUAUCAGGUGUUAGUGGGAAAAUGACGUCGGCAACAUUAAAUGAGGAUGAUACUAUGGGUAUGGAGUCAGCCGGAAAAGCCAUUGUUCGACAACUUGGACAAGCGUGCAGGGAUCGUGUUCUCGCAGGUAUUUAUUUGUCGCGUUCAGAUAUUGCCCUCCAAGUCCGUCAAGUCGCAGGCCAUGUUUGGAAGAUAGUGGUGGCAAAUACUCCACGUACUCUUAAAGAAUUGAUGAAAACAUUAUUUGAAAUGUUACUUGGUUGUUUGGCAAGUAAUAGUGAAGAUCGACAAAUAAUGGCUGGACGUUGUCUUGGAGAACUGGUGAAAAAGAUGGGUGAGCGAAUAAUUAUCGAUGUGUUACCUGUUCUUAAUCGUGGUCUUUCAUCUGAAUCAGUUGAACAACAUGUUGGAGUUGCUACUGCUCUGCAUGAAAUUAUUGAGAAUUCUACAAGGGAUAUUGUAUUAAUGUAUUCGGCGCAAUUGGUGGAACCGAUCAAAAAAAUUAUCUGUAAUUCCAAUGUUUUAGUGCGCCAAGCAGCUGCUACGGCGUUUACAUCAUUUUAUCAGACUGUUGGCUUCUCAGCAUUUGAGGAUAUUGUAGCGCCACUUCUAGAUGCGGAUAUAAUAUCUAACGAUGACGUAUUAGAUGGUCUUUCACAAAUAAUGCGUCUGAAUGGAAGGCAGAUGCUAUCUUAUGUUUUGCCAAAGUUAACACGACCACCAAUAAAUAUAAAAGCAUUAUGUGCACUGUCAUCAGUUGCUGGUGAUUCGCUGAGCCGAAAUAUUGCCAGAAUCUUGGAUUCCAUGUUGGAUAGUUGCACCACAGAUGAAAAAAUCGAUCAAUGCUUGGAAAUGAUUCUCUCGGUAUCAGACAAGGAUGGUAUUUCAAUUAUAAUUACUACUCUUUUUCAACGAGCACAAUCUUACAGCCAUAUUCCUUCAUCAAGCUUAAUCCGUCUUUUUGCCAAAAAUACACAGUUCGAUCUCAGUAAUUAUGUGGACGAAAUUUUUCCCAGAACAUUGCUGCUUUAUAAUUCAGUCGUAAAUGAAGUGGUAGAAAAUGCAAUCGAAACAUUGAUAUACGUUUGUCAAAGUUUGGAUCAAAAACAGAUGUUAUCUGUUUUGUCGAUCUUAAAGCAAACUCUUUUAUCUUUGCAAAGAUCUGCCGGUACUUCUACCAUAGCAGGCUUUGCAUGCAGUAAGGGCAUUUCUUCUCUGCUACUAAUUAUCCGAGAAGCAAUUCUGUCGGGUGGUGCGGAACUGAAGGAGCAAGCCGCUGAAACACUUGGAACUAUUGUCUCAUUGAGUACGGCAGAUGCUCUAAAGCCUCAUGUCGUAAGUGUUACGGGUCCUCUAAUUCGUGUUCUUGGUGAUCGAUAUACGCACACUGUCAAGAUUUCUAUCCUUACAACACUUUCUCUGCUUAUGGAUAAGGUAAGUAUGCAGCUUCGUCCAUUUUUACCACAACUUCAGAGUACUUUUUUGAAAGCUUUGCAAGACACAACUACACGCAAAGUACGACUUUAUGCGGGUGGUGCAUUAUCACGCUUAAUUAGCAUUCACAUGAAACCCGAUCUGGUUGUGUUGGAACUCAUCAAAUAUUUGAACACCUCAGCAGAUUCUGCGAUCAUCGAAACGACUUUGAUUGCAUUACGAGCAAUCUUAGUUCGCGUUCAAUCGAAAGUUGUAAGUGAUGGUGUUCUGCAAGAAAGCAUGAAGGUAGCAGAAAAAUAUCAUAAAAACGACGAAUCUGUAGUUAUAGUGCAGGCUGCUUCUGCACUUCUUGGUGAACUUGCUCUGAAAAUGAAUCAAAUGUCAAAUACUGUUAAUUUAAGCGAGAUUUGUCGUUGUUAUGCCGUAAUUGUAACCUUGCAAUAUGUCUCUUGUACUGAUCCACAUAAAGUACUAGAAGUGUAUGGUAUUGAAAAACUACGAUCUGCAUUUAUCAGUGCAAUGCAAUGUGACAAACCUGAAAUUGCGUCGUCUGCUAUACGAUCUGCAACUUCCAUACUUUUGUGUCAGGGAACAAUGGAUGUGCCUCUGCUGUCAUCAAUUGUGCGUGCGACAAAUCAUCCUGCUAAUGAAGUGAAAUGUGUAGCAGCUUUGGGUAUUCACCAUAUUGCUUCAAGAAAACUCUCCAUAAAUGAGAUGAAGGUUAUUGUUCCAAUGAUGUUAAAUGGAAUAAAAGAAAAAAACAGCGCGGUUCGUGCAGCAUGUGAGCAAGCACUUAUCGCGCUCUUCAAGCUCAGGCGUGAGAAUUCUAGAUAUGAUGAUUACUUAUCUACAGUUGAAGGAGCAGCAAAAGAUGUGCUUGCUGAUGCUUACAAGGCAUUACAAAGGGUUCUAAAACAAUCAGAUCCAGGAGUAGAACCAUUAUCGGAUAUCAUAAAUGUACCAUGA